AUGGAUAACAACAACCUGUCAUCGACCGCCGGACCGCCUGAAAGGUCACCCGUACACAGUCAAAGCAGCCGCAUACCGACCAACCAGAAUGGCAACGCACUGUCCCCUAGACAGCAGCAACAGCAGCAGCAAUCACACUCGCAACAGCAACAGCAACAGCAAUCCCAGCAGCCAAGGCCCCACACGCUAACACCGACACGGGAAGCCGCCGCCAACGGCUCGAUGGCGAUGCAGACGCUCGUCCUUACGGUGAACAAGGACGCGACCGGGUACGGCAUGAAGGUGUCCGGUGACAAGCCCGUCUUCGUCGAGAGCGUCAAACCGGGCGGUGCGGCACGGCGUGCUGGUCUCAUGCCGGACGACAUGAUCCUGAAGGUCAACGGAACGUCCGUACGAGCGUCAACCCACACGACCGUUGUGGAGCUGAUCAAAGCAUCGGACGUCGUUGAGCUAACCGUGCAGCGAGGCAGCAACAGAAUGCAGCGACCAUCGCCCUCGACCAACGCGAUCGCACCGAUGACGCCGGUUGCGCAACGCAACAGCAUCACCGCUCCACAACCCGUUGAUUACGCCAAACAACGGGAAAUGGAGGUCCACCGCAUGAACACCCUGCAGCUGAUGCUCGAUCAGUUGAAGAAAAGUCGCGAAAUCGCGAUCUCCAGCAACAAGCAACCGGAGGUGGCACGGGCCGACGCGACGAUCCAGAAGCUCGAGAAGGAGCUGCAGCAGAUGCGUAGCGAGCUCGGCUCGUCGUACCCAGCAUUCAGCCCGUCGUCCCUCAGCUCACCGCCGCUGUUCCCACAACCGCAACCCCCGAACACCACCUCCACGACGCCCGCCUUCCUGUCGCGCUUUCCCCGGUCACUGUCCUCGCUCAGCCUGGGCACGAAGAAGAAGUCCGCCGACGCCAAAGAGAUCAGCUCACCGACGGCCGCCUUCCUUGGGUCGCCCGAUUGCCAGAGCCCACCGGACGGUCCAUUCGGGGCGUCCGGAUCAUCACCGGGGGCCGGUUCCGCCGGUGGUACACCGACCAAGUCGAAGAAGUACAGCGCCAGCAGCGCGUCCGAUCACCACCAUCACCAUCACCACCUGCUUGGGAAUCAUCACGCGCAGCAGCAACAACACCAUAUGGGCCGAGGUGGCCAUUUCGUCGGGGGUAGCAAGCAGCAGCAGCAGCAGCAGCAACAGCUGAGCUCCGCCGACAUACCGCCACCGUUGCCGCAGCGCAACAACAUUCCAAAAAAAGCGGAGGACACGGUCGACAUGCUGUUGGUCGGUUCGCGCCGCAACAUCCUUGUGUCCGACCUCGAUCACCAGCUCGUGCUGUCACCAACCGCACCGGACACGGGCAGCCUGCAUUCGGGCGGUUCUUCCACCUCCUCCAGCUCGAAGGCGUCCAGUGGUGGCGGUGGUGGUGGUGGUGGGGGUGGAAAAUCAUCCCGAGGCAAGAAGAAAAGUGGCUCAAGCGGUAGCAGCGUUCACAGCAACAGCAUUAACAACAAUAAUGGAGGUGGCAGCAGCAACAGCAACCAUCAUCAUCACAACGCCGCCAGCAGCAAUCUGCUGAACAUCGAGGCGCAGCAGCUUGUUGCUGGUGAUGCGGCUGGUGGACCUUUUGGAGGGAUGGCCGCGACGGCAACGAGCACGACCGAGGUGCAGGCGGAACCGCCACCCCUACCACCGCGCCAACCUGGCAUGCUCGAGGUGGUGAACCAGAAUCUCAUACUCAAUAGCGAUAAUAACGCCGGCAGCAAUGCUACCACGGCCACGGGGGCGACUGGUUCGUCCAGUGGUGGUGGUGGUGGUGGUGGGACGCCCAAUGGGAACAAUAAUGGUGGGGGUGGUGGUGGGGGGUCGCGAGGAUCGCUUGAGAUGCGUCCACCCCCGAACAGCAUAAACACGCUGAUGAGCUACCCGCUCAUUACGACCUGUACGUCCGUGCGGGAUAAUAUGGCCGCCGCUUUUCCGCUCUCCUACCGGCCGAACAUACUGCACCAGAUGCAGCAGCACCAGCAAUCCACCGCGAUGAACCAAUCUGCGGCGGCGGCUGCAGCAGCGGCAGCGGCGGGUGUAAAUCAGUCGAUCAACAAGAAGCACCGCCGGAUCGUCUCGUCACCGGAGAACAUCGGCUCGAAGGAGUUCGGGAUGGUCAGUGAUCAUCACCAUCACGGUGGCUAUCGGCAUCACAAGACGUCGUCUGACUCGUGGGACAAGCGAUCGGAGAUAACGCCACCGGGAACGCCUCCACCACCGUACCCGAGCUCGUCGAUGACCGGCAGUGGUGGUGGGUCGGCCAUCGGGGGUGGACAUCAUCACCAUCAUCAUCAUGGCGGCGGUGGCGGUCAUUUGCAUCACCAUGAGAACACCACCGCCGGUGAUCUUGCGAUCGCGAAUCCGCUCAGCAGCAUUAACAACAAUCACCACGGUGGCGGUGGCGGAAACAACGGAACGGUGAUGCCCGGGGGAAAUAGCAAUAUCAACAGCAUUAACAACAACAAUGGUGGGAGUCACAUGUCCUCGUCGUACCACGCGCAUCAUCACGGCCAAUCACCGAUCGGUGGUGCGGCUGCCACUGGAACGGGUGCCAUUGUGGCCGCACAAGCGAAUGUUGCCCAGAAACCGAUCAUCUCGAUGGAAGACGACGACAUCUCCGACCAGGAGAGCUUCAUCGAGGAGAACAGUCCGUUCCGAUCACUGACGCAACUGCUCGAAGCGGAAAAGUCCGUCUAUUUGGCGGUGUUUCUGAACUUUGUGCUCACCAACUCGGACCCGUCGGCGUUGCUGUUCUACCUGAUCACCACGCUGUACAAGGAGGGCACCAUCAAGGAUAUGCGCAAGUGGGCGUACGAAAUUCACUCCACAUUCCUGGUGCCGGGUGCGCCGUUGCAGUGUGCGAAUGCGGACGAAUCGCUGGCACGGGACAUCGAUGAUGUGCUGCAGAAGGAGAACGAUAAGGCGGAAAUCCUGCGCAAGGUGUUCUGGCGUAGCCGGAGGAAGGCGAAGGAUACCAUCAGCCAUCAGCUGCAGCAGUUUCAGACGAAGCGUACCGCGGGACUAGGCACGAUGUACGGACCAAACGAUCAGCUGCUGCAGGCGGCAAAAGGCGACAAAGUGAAGGAACAGCGGAUCAUUGACGACACGUUGCUUCCCAAGCUGCAGCAAUAUCUGGAUGAACUCGAGCGCGAUUCGCCGAAGGAAGAUCCAAAGAAGUCGGCCCUCUGUUCGGCCCUGUCGACUGUACUGAUGCGGUUCUUCGUUACUCGCUGCAACCCUGGCGGACCGAUCGACAAGGUGCAUCACUUUGUCAGUCGGGAGAAGAGCUUCAAAAGCCGGCUAAUGACCAAAAACCGGAAGCAAACGAUCCUCGGUCACAACCUGCAUCUGCAGCCGUACUACGAAGUGACGCGCUGUAACCACUGUCAGAACAUUCUGUGGGGCGUCAGUCCGCAGGGCUACCAUUGCACUAAUUGCGAACUCAACAUCCAUCGGGCGUGUGCAAAAGAUCUCUCCGAAUGCUGUCCUGGGCCGGCGACUCAAAAGAACGACAGUAAAAUCACUAAACUCAUGGAGAAAAUCUCUAGCCGUAAUCAUCACCAAGACAAAUCACGUCGCCAUGAUGAUGAUACGGAUGAUGUAACUGUUGGUGAACGAGGAAACCACACAAUAUUAGCCCGUCAGCCAUCGGAUCGCCGUCAGGACAUGAGUGGACACCUAGCUAACACUAGCGGCAAUUCCGACCAUCUCAGCAGCUCCACAUCCGAUGCCUACGGUUACAAGCAGUCCGCCGAUGACGAUCAGUUCCGUGAAAACGUGAAGUCCAAAUCUGCCCCCGUAUCGGUGAACCGAUCCGAAUCGUACAAGGAGCGAUCGCAGAAGAAAACACGCACCACGCGGAGAAAAACGUCCGAUCCGAGCCUGACGAAAACGGCUGAUGAACAGAAUGAGGCGUCCUCGUUGGCCAACAACAAUUAUUCCAGCAGUUCCACAUCUAGUCUUCCAUUGGCACUGGACAGCCGAUCGACCUCGUUGGAGGCGGUCGGUGGUGGUACCGGUGCAACGACUGCGGUCUCCUCGGCUGGUCCAGCAGGAGCCGUCAGUGGUAUCAACCCGACGCACUCGCCAGGCAGCGUACUGCCCUCGAGCGCUUCGACGGUGAGUGGCGCAAGUGUGGCGACCCAUGGUGGUAGUGGAGGUGCGGGUAGCGGUAGUGGUGUCGGCGGACUGAACCUUCCCACCGCACGGGAGUGGAUCGAUAGCGAGGACGAAGGUACGGUCGAACCGGAAGCCGACUGGAGCUCAAACAUACCACCCGAGAUCCUUUCGUCGAUCAGCGAUCUCGAGAAGAAGCGCCAGGAAGUGAUCAAUGAGAUCUACCAAACCGAACGGAAUCAUGUCCGAACGUUGAGGCUACUGGAAGGCAUCUUUAUGCGACCGAUGCAGGAAUCCGGUGCCCUGCCGGUGGAGCUGAUGAACCUGCUGUUUCCGCACUCGCUGAUCCAUCUCAAAGAUCUCCACACCUCGUUUGAGUUUAAGCUGAAACAGCGGCGUAGCGAACACGCGAACGUCGUACGUGAGAUUGGCGACUUGUUGCUAACGAUGUUCGAUGGACAAACCGGCGAUGAGUUGAGGGAGCACGCGGCACAUUUCUGUGCCCGUCAGCAGAUUGCCCUGGAGGCGCUGAAGGAACGCCGGAAAAAGGACGAACAGCUGCAACGCCUGCUGAUGAAGGCCGAAUCUCACAAGGCGUGCCGGCGGUUGCAGCUGAAGGACCUGUUGCCGACGGCGCUGCAGCGGUUGACAAAGUAUCCGCUGCUGUUCGACAACCUGUACAAUUACACCGUGCGCAGCUCGCCGGAUAAUGAGAGCGAGGCACACGCCAUCCGGAAGUCGCUCGUGUCUGCCAAACGGAUCCUCGAUCACGUUAACCAGGCGGUGCGAACGGAGGAAGAUAUGCAUAAGUUAUUAACAAUCCAACGCAAACUCGACAAGAGUGGGCUGGACAAGGAUGCUUCUAGUGAAUUUAGGAAUAUUGAUCUAACCGUACGUAAGCUAAUCCACGAUGGGCCUUUAACGAUGAAAAAGAAUCCAGGUAUACAACUGCACGGGCUGCUGUUUGAAGAUAUAAUGGUGUUACUGCAGAAGCAGGACGACAAGUAUCUUCUCAAGUACCACUCUAGUCCCGGACUCAGCGGAAGCGAAAGCAAGUACGCCGAAGGCCGCUUCAACCCCAUCACCAAAAUUAAUCUCAUUCUGGUGCGACAAAGUGCCGUCGACAAGAACACGUUCUUCCUGAUCAACACCAACGUGUCGCAGAUGCUGGAACUGACCGCACCGAGCAGCACCGAGUGCAAAACGUGGUUUAAGCACAUUUCUGAUGCUGCCGAUGCCUACAAAGCACGUACCAAAGGAACGCAGGAAUACGGAGACGAUAGCGCCGGUGGUGCCGGUCACCCGCCGAAGGACAGCUUCGAAACCGUCACCGAAACGCAGAAGAUCGAACAAACCUCGACACCGAUCGAGCGGCUCGAGCGCAAGGACACGCAAUGCCGAGCGGUCAGCAGCAGUGCCGGUGGUGGUGGCCAUCAUCAGCAACCGGUUGGUUCGAUUGGUCCGACAGUUACGUCCCAGGGAGCACACGGUGCAGGACAUACGCACCCCGUCACGCAUGGAUCCGGUGGUCGUUCGACAGAUGAGUCGUCGCGGUUAUCUACCGGACCAGCUGGAGGUGCGAGUGGCUCUAGCGCAAACGAAACGGAGGAUAACCUCGAAAACGAGGAGAAGGAAAAGUUUAAGCGAACGCAACGGCACGGUUCGCAGGAGUGUAACGGUGGAGGACGCACGACGGACGACGAAGAUCCUGACGAUGAUCACUAUCCUCGGGGGCAUCAUCCGGGUGGUGGUCGUGGAUCGAACAACACGCGGACACUCACGCAACAGUGCUCGUUGGUCGCACCGAGUGAAAUCCACGUCAGUGUUAGCUCCGCGAUGACGGCGGAACCGAUCCUAACCCCAGCUGAGCAACUGCGCCGGUACGACCAGCUGAUACAAAAAACGCUGGCAAGCAAGCAGCGCGUAGUGUGCGACAUGUUCAAAGUGCCGGACGAACAUUUCCAAGCGAUCGCGGAUAUCGCCGCCCAACCGGAAGCACCAAAGGAACCAACCGAACUCGUGCUGGCCGCGUUCGCCUACGGCCAAACGCUAAUAGAGAUCGUGAGCGAGUACACGCGCGUUUCGGAGAGCCAACAGAUUAGUGCCGUUUCCAUCUCGACCUGUGAUGAGUGCUGUGUGCGCGGUCGCACUAGCAAGAACCACAUUCCGUCGAUUACCACCGCCAAAGAACCAACCGAACCGACCGGACCGACGAUAGUCGGUAUCGACAGCAGUGGUGGUGGUGGUAGUGGGGGAGGUGGUCCGCCAGUGCCUUCCGGUGCAUCGGUGGUGCCGGUGUCACCGGUCACAGCUUCAUCCGCCGGUUUCCAGCCACAGCCGAUCGGUGUGGCCGUGCUUGAUCAAAGCGUCAACAUUACCGAGGAUGAGGAUGGGUACUGUGAGAUCGAUGAAGUCCGAGCUGCCGCCGUGUUGCUGGCUGAGAAUGAAAAGGCACGUAAGCUUACGGAGGCUUCCAAACUCGCCGCCAGUGCGGUUGCUGCCGGUGUGAACGCUGUAGAUACCUUAGAUGACGCCAUCGGAAGCGGCGACACUGGCCGGGUGCCAAAAUCGCCCGAAUCUCACAUAGAGAUCAACGAUAAUUACGACUCGACACUGAGUCCCUCCAUGACGCAAAAAUACUCCGGAACGCUGGGUGUGGAACUGUGCGGCAAGAACCGGCUGCUCCACGCGUCGACCCUUGCGCCAACCGUACCGUGCCAUCUGAUAGCGAGCUACGUCACUGGACUGAACGCCCAGAUUUCGCAGCUCUUGCAUAAGAUAAAUGAGAAGGAUGUGGAGCGAGAACAUCUGCGACGUGAGAAUCAACAUCUGCGGGAGCUGCUGAAUGCGAUGCAUCAAGAGCGUGUUUUAGAAUCACAGGAAACCAACCAAGAAAAGCAACCGCUCGCACAUGGUGAUGAUCAUCUGGCACAGACAGCAGCAUCCUCGCCUUCUUCUGCGCUCGGGUCGGACGUACCACCAGCAAACCAGCACCAGCAGCAGCAGCAGCAACAAACGCCACCAAACCACCCACCGGAGGAAACCGGCGGACCUAUUAGAAGUGCACCAGCAGUGCCUACGGACUGAAGCAAUAGCCGCCCGCAACCGCCAGCGUGCGACGGCCGCCAGCAUUGAACCUUCUACCAACAAAACGCAUUCGAUCGUGUGAUGUGGACCGUGGGCUAUCGUAACGCCUUCAAUGUGCGGCCCAGUUUUUUAGCGAUCGAAUACUAUUCCUUUCUUUCUUCCCGCGCAUUUGAAUGGUACGACCCACACAGGAGGGUGAGGAGGCAUGAUGCAACUCAUCAUCCUUGGCACGAGCUGCUGGAUGAUCGCGGGAACAGGCAAUCGUGGUGGUUGGGAGAGACAUUUUGGAGGAUCAAAACAAAUUAAGGGAAUUGUGCAGCACAAACUCCCGCCUCGGAGCGCCAUCUAGCGGCUGGGCAAUGACGGGCAAAAAGGAUGUUUUUUUGUGACGGAAAAGCAACGAUUUCCGGGAGGGAGCGAUCAAUGGAAAAAGGGCUUCACAUUUUGCAUGAAUCUUGUGUAUUAAGUUGUGUCUCUUGUAUCGUGCGUGUGUUGCGUGUGAUAUUUGUAAGCAAAAGCUCUUGCGGCUCUGUUUCGCUUUGAUCGCGUUCGUCCUAACGGAGGUCCUUCGGCACUGGCCUUUGCUGUUAAGCUUGAAUGCCGGCCGUUUUGGGGCUGAUCAUUUCCCGCCCUUUGGUUGGAACAAACAUCCUGAGGAGGAGUCCUGCCUGGCAACAUCCCGAUCAUUCUGCUCCUUUCGUACAAAAAAAAACCUCACCCCCUGUUGGUCACUUUGCGCGUACGGCUCGUUCCUUCACUAUCGCUCCGUGCCGUUUCGCUGUGCUGCUUUCAUGGUAGCACCCGGCAAUGGCAGAAAGAGCAGCAACAAACAAAUAAAAAUAAAAUACUUUACAAAAAUAAUAAACGACAAAAAAAAGUAGCAGACGACAAGAAAAAGAGAGAGAGAGAGAGAGAUGAAAAUCGUGUAAAACAUAAGCGCACGCGCGUGCGCACACGGCACUGUUGUAAUUGAUUUAUUAUUCGCGUUAGUGCUUAUCAUUUAAAUCGAUUGUCCCGCAUGGUUAUUAUUAAAGCAACACAACAAAAACGCAUUAUUUUAUUAUUACCUUUCGCUAGGGAUAUUAUUAUUAUUAUUAUUAUAUUAUUAUUAUUAAUAUUAUUAUUAUAAUAACUAUCGCUACUAUUACUGCUAUUGUAAUUGGUACACUAGAAUAAAUCGCCUUUGGCACCAAGCC